AACACGCCGCCAUCAUGAAGAUUCUGCUCGUUAUCCUGGGAGUUGUCGCAGCCGUUCGAGCCGCACCGGGGUAUUACGGUGAUCACGGAUUAUCGUACGUGGCCGCUGCUCCAGCUCCAAUCGUGAAAUACGCAGCUCCAGCCGUAUCGGUAGUUCACGCUGCUCCAGCACCCGUGCUUAAGUACGCCGUUGCUCCGGCACCGAUUGUGAAAGCUGUGGCCGCACCAGCUGCCACCAGUUACGCCACUAUUCAUCAGGUCCAUGCACCAGUAGUUCACGCGGCUCCUAUUGUUAAGUACGCCGCUCCAGCUCCGGUUGUUUCUUACGUUCACUCGGCCCCGGUUGUGGCACACGCACCGGCUCCUCUACUCAAGUACGCAUCGGCCUACCACGGAUGGUAAGGAUCCACCCAAUUGGCAAGGUCCGCUUACCCACCGACGAAGCCUUGCGCGUGUUUCAAACCCACCCGCAAAUGGCAACCGGACUCCGUGACGAUUUUCGACAAUAAAAAGCUACGUACCAUUAA